CAAUCUGGAGAAAGCGAGAGGAGGAAGGCAAGUCUCUCCCACUCUCCCGAGGAGGCAAAAGAAGGCGGGUGGGAGCGGAGAAAAGACUUGCUAUGCUCCCCUCCCUCUUUUUCUCCCAAAGGGCGAGGGAAGGACCUGCGGAGAGUCUCCCCAGCUCCUCACAGUCCAAAGGGGGAACCGGGGGAGGGCUGGGCUUAUUUCCGGGUGCCUCUCCAGCCAGCCUCGCCAAGGAAGGGGAAGGCGAGGACUCCCCAGGAAGGAGAAGGAGCUGAAGCAGCCGCCACAGAGCUCAGUCUUCAAACAGAUCUUUGACUGGUGCAAGAUGCCAUCUGAUUGUCCAGCCAUAAAACUCGUGGAUUAUGCAUCAUCUCAGACAAUCUAGCAGAUGGUACGUGAACAGUAUACUACAACAACACAAGGUACAAACGUACAGAGGCCAGAAACUAAGUAUCUCUUCAAUGUUGGCAUUUAUGGCUGGAGAAAACGUUGCCUUUACCUAUUUGUCCUCCUCCUGAUCAUUCUCCUAGUUGUGAAUCUUGCUUUGACAAUAUGGAUCCUAAAAGUGAUGUGGUUUUCUGCAAAUGGAAUGGGAUACUUACAAGUUCACAGUGAAGGAGUCCGUCUAGAAGGAGAGUCCGAAUUUUUAUGUCCUUUAUAUGUCAGAGAAGUCCAUUCUAGAAAGGAUGAAUCACUACAUUUGCAUUCUGAACAUAAUGUGACUUUAAAUGCACGCAAUGCUGAUGGGAAUGUUACAGGGAGAUUAAAUGUGGGUCCUAACUUGGUAGAAUUUGAUGGUCAGCACUUUCAGAUCAGCUCAAUGAACUUAGACAGAAAACCUCUUUUUACAGUUAAUAAUACUGAAGCUGCAGUGGGUACAGACAGACUUCGGAUCACAGGGAAAGAAGGAGCUCUUUGUGAACAUUCUGUGGAAACACCACUUAUCGAAGGUUUUAAAGGCCUAAACAAAGCUAAAGAGCUUAAACUUGAGUCACCAACUCGGGCGCUAAGAAUGAAUGCUCCACGAGGAAUUCAAAUAAAAGCACAACCUGGAACGAUUGAGGGUUCUUCCCAUUUGGAUAUCAAGCUCCACAGUAGUGAAGGAACGCUUAUGUUUGAUACGGAGACUUUACGGCUUCCCAAAUUGCCUCAAGGAACAAGUGGAGAAUCUGACACAGAUGAAGAACUCUAUGAAGUUUGUGUUUGCCUUGAUGGGCGGCUGUACCUAGCGCUGGCUGAUGAAGUUUCUAAUUGCUUAGCCUUUAGUCAGGUUUGUCAAUAAAAACACUCUAAACAAGA